UUUGGCACACAGACCAAUGUUUCCUCUUACUAAUGCGUAAUAGAAGGAUGGAGAAGGUAGAGUCGUCAACGGUGGUUGACGGGACUGUACCAACACAAAUGUCUCACCAGGAAAAAAAAAAAACUAAAGUUGGCUAACCAGCAAUAAAUUGAAAAGUUGUUCAGGAGAACUUUCCAGUUUAUUUAGCGCAUAUUUCCAUCACAUGAAACAAUUAAACAUGUAACAUGAAAUACUUUUAUUUAAAACCCAUUCAUAGUUCCUGCAGUGUUGAGCAGAGGGGGACAGCCAAUCAGGUGGGCACUUAGAUUCAUCACACGAGGGAGUCGGAACACAACUGCCAACUUGUUGCAGACAUGAGACGUGCUGAUACCCGCUCUCGGUCUAAACGUCCAGCGAACACACUGAGCUCGGCAAGGAAUACCCCUGCCGCCGGAGACGAAUCGGUUGAGGAGGAAGCAGCGGGAACGUCUUCCACCGCUAGGACCACAGUUGCUCCUAAUGCCCAACUGGCUUCAACGAGACUGUACCAUGAGCUGCAGAUGGCCAGGCAGAAGUUGGACUGGCAGCAGGAGCUGGUUAAAGACUUGACCAAAGAAAGGGACUUUCUGCUGGAACAACUGGCUAUGACAGCAAGAAAAGAGAACAAGGGCAGUCCACCCCAGGCGAAGAAGUGCCAGUCGCAGGGAGCCGACUCAACCGACUCGUCCAAGUCGGGGCCUGAUUCUUCCCACUCUUCUUACGACUCUUCUUCCGACUCUUCCUCCGACUCUUCCUCCUCGGAUGAGGGACGGAAGAAGAAGAAGAAGAAGAAGAACAGCAGGGGAAAAGGACGGAAGCAGGGGAAAAGGGCAAAGAACCGGAAGGGGCAAGGUGUUUACCAGCGAGCUAAAGAUCCUGAAGAGGUGGUGGCCCGGUACCGCAAGGUGCUGAAAAUCUGCAGGAAUGGAAGAACCAUGGGGGCAGCCUUCAAAGCUGUGGGGGUCGACCGCAACCCCAUUGUUGUAAAUGCCCCCAUGGCAGAGCUGUGCAUUGCUGCCCCAGAGGCGUAUGCAGAGCUAAAAGAGAGCGCCCCCAAAAAGGAGAAGCUCUCCAGUUUUGCACAGAGGUGCAAGGAUGCCAUAGACGUGGACGAAAACAUUGUUACCCGAAUCAAAGAAUAUAAAGAUUCUGGCAAACUUUUGCCAAUUACUAAAAAAAACUAGCUGAUCCUCUUAUUUAAAGUUAUGUUGUUGUUGUUGCUGUUGUGUUAGAUAUUAGAUUAUUAGAAUGCAUGUUUAAAGUGAAUUUAUUGUCAGUGUUGUUUUUUAAAUAAAUGUUUUACAAUUUCACUUCAUUCCCUCGAUGCUGUGUUGUGUGUUUUUGCCAUUGAUAUGUUUAACAACCUAACGUUUGAGGUA